AUGAAGAGCAGUGGGAAUCUUACGAUUCAUGCAGCUCAUGGAAAUGGACCCUCUUGGGCUCUCAACUAUGUGGUGCUCUCUCUCUCUCUUCUCCCUUCAUCAAUCUCUUUCUCUCUUCUCUCUCUUCAUCAAUCUCUCCUCAUCAAUCUCUGUAAACCAACACUAUUCACUAAUCGCUUCAAUUGCCCAAAUUCCUCGAUCGAGAACACUGUUUCUUCUCGCAAAAUGUCCUCCCUGCAACUUCCUGGUUGCAGCAGAGCUCUGCAUUCUCUCCCUUCUGCAGCUUCCUCCUCUUCUUUCUGGGGCAGAGAUCUGUGCUUCGUUAAUGGCGUCUCCAUCUCCACCUCCAAGAAAGAGAAUAGGAAGGUUCUUCGCCUUGGUAAAGGAACUCUUAGGGUUUAUACAAUGUCCACUAAUGGCAACGGUUCCUCCUUUAAGAUGAAUCUCAAUGAGUACAUGGUCACUCUUGAGAAACCUUUCGGUAUCCGGUUUGGUCUCUCCGUCGAUGGCAAAAUCUUCGUUCACGCUCUUAAGAAAGGGGGCAAUGCGGAGAGGUCCAGGAUAGUUAUCGUGGGUGACACAUUGAAGAAGGCCACCAAUUUGUCCAGCGGCAGGAUUUUUGUGUUCAGCGAUUUUGGCGAUGCGCAGAAGAUGCUGUUGGAGAAGAAUGGAUCUUUUAGCUUGAUCCUCGAGCGACCCUUUUCCCCUUUUCCAAUCCACCAAUUACAAGUUUUGAGUGAUAUAGACUUAAUGUUCAAUAGAGGGCGGGUUUCUAUUGCUACUUGGAACAAAGCUAUCCUAUCGUCUAAUUUGAAAACUUCUUCUGAAGGGAGUGAGAAUUCUGGUUUCGUAGCAUUUUCCUCCAAGUUUUUAGCACCCCAUGGAUGGAAGCUUUUGAAUGAUCAAAAUGGAUAUGUGGAAUCACCAGCAGAGAAAACCCUUCGUCCUCCUGUGAGCCCAUUUGUUUGUGUUUUUCCUGAGGGGGAGUCUAAAGAUGGAGAAUGGGCUUACGGAAGUUUUCCUCUGGAUGAGUAUAUCAAUGCACUACAUCGUUCUAAAGGCGAGCUGCACUACAAUCAUAGGCUUGGUACCAAUUAUAGUAAGAUAACAGAGCAAAUAUAUGUUGGAUCUUGUAUACAAACUGAAGCUGAUGUGGAAAAGUUGUCAAAUGUGGGAGUCACUGCUGUACUCAAUUUCCAGAGUCGUAUUGAAGCAGAAAACUGGGGAAUAAAUUCUGGUUCAAUCAAUGAGUCAUGCCAAAGAUUUAAUAUUCUAAUGAUCAACUUUCCUAUAAAAGAUACAGAUUCCUUUGACCUGAGGAAGAAAUUACCAUUUUCUGUGGGGCUUCUAUUGCGCUUAUUGAAAAAGAAUCAUCGAGUUUUUGUCACUUGUACAACUGGCUUUGAUCGAUCUCCUGCUUGUGUGAUAGCAUACCUUCACUGGAUAACUGAUACAUCCCUUCAUGCCGCAUAUAACUUUGUCACCGGAUUGCACUCAUGCAGACCUGAUAGGCCGGCAAUUGCUUGGGCAACGUGGGAUCUUGUAGCUAUGGUGGAAGGUGGCAGACAUGACGGACCAGCAACACAUGCUGUGACUUUUGUGUGGAAUAGUCAAGAGGGAGAAGAUGUAUCCCUGGUUGGAGAUUUCACUGGAAGUUGGAAAGAACCAAUGAAGGCAAGUCACAUGGGUGGUCCAAGAUACGAAGUUGAAGUUAGACUUCCUCAAGGAAAGUACUACUAUAAGUACAUCAUUAAUGGGCAAUGGCGGCAUUCAACAGCUUCACCAACAGAAAGGGAUGAAAGGGGAAAUAUCAACAAUGUAAUUGUGGUUAGUGAUACUGCAAGUGUGAGGCCUUCUAUUCAACAACAAAAGAAGGAUGCCAACAUUAUCAAGGUGAUUGAGAGGCCGUUGACAGAAAAUGAACGUUUUAUGCUAGCAAAAGCAGCUCGUUGCAUUGCAUUUUCUGUCUGUCCAAUCAGACUAACUCCGAAGUAAUUGAGCAUUUGAUGUCACCCCUGGCAACCUGCUUUGCAUACUUCCACUGCUGCACAUGUUCAACAUUCUUCUGUGAAGGCGAAUAUCAUUAUUAUAAUUUUAACGACCACGGUUACGAAUUCCUCGUGAACAGGGAGAUUUUGUUAUGUGAUAAAUCUUCAUAGAAAUAAAACAUGUUGUGUUAGUAUCAUGAAUGAUGAUGGAUGAGUAAUCCAAAAAUGCCUCUCAAAAUUCUUCGAUUUGUAGUUCCAUUACACGCUUUUUACUCUAGUGCAAUUCGUCUUUUCAUUGCUUGUUGAAAA